UUUUUUUUUACUUUUCUUUACCAUGUCUACGUUUGAUGCCAACCCUUAUUCCAGUCUUGAUGAAGACCAUCAGCCUCCUCACUAUACUGAAGACGAGGAAGAUAGUGUUUAUUCUUAUGAUGCAGAAGCUGAAUGGGAAGAAAGUAAAGAACAGCUCAAUGCUUUGUUUUCACUUGUCAUUUUCCCCUUUGUGGGUCGAUGGUUAGGCAAGAAGUUCUCAUUCUGGAUUUGGUCUAGAUAUAUGGGUUCAAAAAUACCAUUUAUGACACGUUACUCUUUAGUCGUGCCAAUGAUUCAAUCCGCUAAAGCCAUUGCUUAAUGCUAUCCAAUCAUAGAUGUGUAACCAGUUUUUUUUUCUCAUUACAGUUAAUAAACCCCUCCCCCCUCCCCUUUUUUUUUCUCAUCUCUUUUUUAUUAUUCAUCACGAGAAAAUAAAACGUAAGCACACAAUAAAGUAGAUGAUGACAAUCAAUAACUUGUUCAUGGUAGAUGAAUUCUUGGAAACUCCCGGG